GUUUGUUGUAGGUUGCUCUUCACGCGCAAAGAUUGAAUCUUGACGUUGAGUCGGGUUUUUCUCCCUUGCCGAGCAUGUCUUGUGAUAGUCUGUUGGGUCUUGAAGAUGCCAUGGAUAUGUUUCUGCAGUCAGUGGACUUGUCUAACGAUAUUGAUAUGGGUGAAUUCGACUUUGCAUUAAAAGCUUCAGAGCUCCUCGAAAACUCAGACAGUGAUAGUGGAAUAAGCGUUGCAGGGGAAAAGCAACCAAUAAACCAAGAAACUAAUGUACGACCCAACGACACUGGUACUGAUUAUGUUCUGACUGAUGUUGUCGAUGCUACAACACGUGUGUCCGACAUUUUGCAUGCAAAUGACAAACGUUGCGGGAUCCAGGUGAAUGGUUUGUCAAAGAGCAUACCUAUCAAUAAACCGGGCUCUAACUCUACUAUUCCUAAAUUUAAAAGGAUUAUUAUCAACUCUGUUGGUGAAAAACGUCUACUUCACAGCUCUUUGGUAAAGCCAUACUUUUCAGCUUUCUAUCCUCAGAGCGUAAAUUCUGGUGUUGGUCACAAUUUGGCUGUACCAAAUGUAUUGCAGCCGUCGGAGCAUUCUGGUGUCACAGUAAAAACUGUGCCUUCUAGUGUUACUCCGUCGUUUGAGUCCUCAAACACAUCUCCGGGAUCUUCUGUGAAUUCACCUACUAAAUCAAGCAUGGAUUGCCGCUCAUUAGACGAGUUUUUUUCCGCAGUAAAUGGGGUAACUGAAACUUAUGAAUACUGUAGGAACGCGACUCCUUCAGAUCCUUCACUAUGGCAGCAUUCAAAAAAUAUCCCGAGCACAUCAUAUCCUGAUUCUGUUUUCGGGAGUAGUUCUCAAUUCUCACCAACGUCAUUUCUUGAUGUGCAAGAUUUUUUGGGACCUAACGAAUCCAUCAUAACACAGACCGACUUGGAACGCAUACGUAAAAAGCAAGAAAGAAUGGUGAAAAAUAGACAAGCAGCAUGUCUAAGCCGGUUACGUAAGAAGGAGUACCUAGAAAGGUUAGAAAUGAAGUUCGAGCAGCUAAAACGUGAAAACCUUUUACUUUGGCGCCAGAAUGAAGAGUGGCGUGCACGAUGUUUCCGUUUGGAACGUUGUAUUGAAGAUUUACAGUCACGACUUCCAAGCUCUAUAAAUUCAGAAAACCUAAUUGUUAAAUCUCAGUCGUUUGACGUAAGUUCAGACGAGACGACAAAUAUUUCUUCACACCUUGACAAACAAAUUACUCCUCGAGAGGCUUGUUGCAAAACAGUUUCUGUGCACACAUUAGCACCACUCAAUGAAGUCACUGUUGGUUUCAAAUCAGAUACUCCACUUAGUCGUCUUCCAAGGUUGUCUGAUCUUGGAAAAAGCAAGACAGUUUCAAUUCAGCAUUUAAAAAAUUGCCAAAACGUAGCUCCCACUCAAAAAACGACUUACUUUACGAGUGUAAAUUCCCCAAGAACGUUCAAAUGGGAUAGUUCUUCAAAGAAAUUGUUACUUACAAGUAAAGUUGAUGUUGAAUCGCAUUCACAGUCUCUAUCACAUCAGUCUCAACUCAAAUCAAUUACUAAAACCUUGAUUUCUCCUCAGCGAAUCGUUCCUACCGUCAGUCAUCGAUCUAAAGUAAUUGCUACCACAAGUUUACUGGUUAUGUGCGGUCUGUUAGCCGUGAAUAUAGUUCCUUUAUCAGAUUUAUAUUCUGGACUAGGAUUCGUAUCUUCACAUAGCAUGUCUUAUGAUGGUGGCUCCCUUGCUGCUGGAAAAUUUGCUUUUGGUUAUCCCGGGCUAUGGUCAUCUGUGCCACAUUUUCCAACUGGGCGACGUCUUUUAUUAAAUAUUCCACCUACACAAGAAGAUGUUUUAACAAAUGAUAAUUCACUGCAGAACGCCUCAAAUAAUGAAUUUCUAUUUUCUGGAAAAUUUCCAACUAACCAUUCUACUAACAACUGUGGUCCUAAUAAAAACAUGAGUUGCGCAGAGAAUUCCUUACUUACGGAUUCCAGACAAAUUUUUCAAGGUUGGAUUAAAAGGCAUGCUGUAUCUACCAGUAAUCAGUCCCGUGUAUACAGGUUACUACUCACUUCAUCUCUUCAUAGUCUAAACGCGUUUGAACACCGACAACAUAUAGUCAGUUCAUCAAAACUUUCACAACAAAAUGUAUUACAUACUCAAAAACCUGCUUUCUUACCUAUGACACAUUUAAAUAAUUCAUCUUCCAAAUCGAUUUCGCCGUCAAGAAAUGAGUCAUUAGAACGCUUUUCGGCUAGGAAAAUUAACGGUUCUAUUCUGAAUGUUACAACUGAAUCAUUACCGCCCAACUUUCCUCCACCUCAUCGUCCUCCAAUAUGGAAAAAAUAUGAUUUGCAGACGCAUUUCUACUAUCGAAUCUCGUAUUGAAAUUGUUUCAUUCAUCCUCUUUUGUAACUGCUUACUCAUCAAUCACUUCCCACAUCAUCUCAAAUUAUUUAGGAUAAUAUCAAUGAAUCUGAUGUAUGUUGUCUUUGAAAGUUCUCUUUCACUAACCACUAAUUGUCCCUUGAAUGUUUCAUUUAACUACUUUCGGUUUCCUAAUGAGUUUGUUUAAAGUAUGAUUUCAUGAACAAUUUGAAUGCUUUGUUAAUUGUUAAUUAUGAAGCCUGUUUUGUUAAUCAGUUUUUUUAGUUUGUGCUUUGUGAUGUAUCUUCGGUUUCUGAAUCUUUAAAUCAUCACUGGGUUUGUGUUUGUGUAUAGUUUUUGUUAACUUCUACAAACAUAAUCAACAAAUAGUUAUGAAGGGAAAAGUUUCAUCUAAGCGCCAUUUGGUAUUGUCUAGUAGAAAGUUAUUGGCCAGAAUUAUACAAUAAUUAUUAUGUGGUUCGGUAGACAUGAAAUAAGCUCAUUUUAGCUGUCGAGAGCAUGGUUCGAGCUCCGCAUCACGUACUUCGGGUUAGCUCACACACUUAGAGUAUAGAUCAGUGAACCAGUUUAUUUAAUUAACUUAAAUUUACCGGAUUAUAAACACGAACCAACAUUAUCGAUCACGCUUCAUCAGUUCAACUGAUCCAUAUGUGUUCCGAAGUAUUGUUUUUCUGUCUGUGAUUCUGAAAUUUCGCCACUGUCUAUUCCAUACUACAGACUUCAUUUUAGCUCAUUUCAAAUUCUGUUUUUUUCUAUUAGGGUUUAAAUCAACUCAUCUCUAACAAUAAAUCACAUAUAAUACCAAGUAUAAGUGUCAGAACUUACAAAUAACAAAACAUAAUGUCGACAUAAAUUACACAAAACAUUUCUAUUCCUAUUUGUAUACGUAUGUCAUGUAAUUUCCGAGAGUAUUAAACACAUAGUGAAAAAGCUAAAUGGGAUCUCGUUUUUGGAUUUUAGCUAUAUUCAUGUACAGUGAGUAAAACUAAGCGAAAAUGUCAUUCAUUUUAUUGUUUUUCUUUAAAAAAAUAUGCAUUUAUUCCUUCAAUAACGUCACACAGCUAUGUGUCUCUGGAAUCAGAAUUAGUUCACAUUUAAGUACAGUUUUUUUCGUUUUUUCUCAACUUUAUAUUUCAACUGUUUAGGAUUUCAUCUGAUUUCAUUGCCAUUCUUAUCACCAGCAGUCAUAUGCAUUACAUUAAUGUUAGUUCCGUUUAUCUCAAUCUAAGGUUUUUACAUUUCAACUUUUUUCUGUAUUUUUCUACAUUUAUAUGUAAAUGAACACUUACUCAAUGAAAAUACAAUAAGUGAAUUCUAAAUCGUGAUAGCAAAAUGAAAAUAAUUGUAAAACUGUGAUGAGAAUGAAUUUAUCGUUUAUACAAACGGUCUGAUAACACCAGUGUGCAAUAGUUUUUAACCUAGAAGUGAUUCAUGCUGUUUUGUGUCUUUUACUGGAUUUUUAUUUAUAUACAAAUGUUGAAUCUUCUUGAUCGAUUUCAUUAUAUAAAAGAAGUUUUCUAUACGGUUUUUGUUCUAAUAUAGUCAUUGAGUAUAACACCUUUUAAAAAAAACUAUACUUCAUAUAGUCUAAUCUUAUCACCUAAGUAUACAAACAUAAUGCGUGCAUUGAAAGCUACAACCAAGUUUUUGCUUUUUACACUAAUUUAUAAGGUUGCUUUACUUUAUUGUUCUAGGCCUAACUUAUUACAUAUAUCUGUGAGCAAGAUACUUGUGUAGCUAUACUCUCAACUGUUCUUUUAUUUAUGAUAAUUGUCACUGCAAUUAGUACCAUUGUUUUAUUAUAAGUGGAUGAACUUUGUUUUCUGCAUAUUCAAAUUUUUCAUGAAAUAUACUGUUGUGAAAUGUUUAAAUUGGUAAGUGAAAUAAUUGAAUUGUGCUUAUCAGGAAAACAUUUGAAUGACCAAUUGAUUUAUAUACUUUUACAUGUUUGGUUGUAUUCAAUGAACAAAAAGAUAUUUAUUUAGUUAUUUUGUUCACUAAUAAUUUGUUCUCAAUUUAUAUUGGCAGUAAACCUUUACAAUGAAUUGGUACUCUCAUUUACAGCCCCUAUUAAUUAAAAAAUUUGCAACUCUUUGUUAAUCAUAACCGUUGCAUAAUAUUUAUGUUUCACUACCAUGUUAUGACUAUAGAUAUCUGUCUGCACGACUUUCUAGGUGUUUUUUUCCAAUAUUAGCAUAUAAAACGCAUAAUUUAAAUAAACUGUAUGUUCUUCGGCAUAAAAGUCCUUUAUCUAUAAAGUUACGUAUGGUUAUUGGUAAUGUUUAUAGGUGACUUGAUUUAGAUGAAAUUUAACUGAUAAGUCAGUCAAAUCAUCCAACUGCUUUACUAUUUAUAAACAGAUUAGACAUUGACGAAAUUUACUAUUGUUUCAAGAGAAGGAAUUUCUAAGCACAUAUUUUUCCGUAAAGACUGUUGAAGUUGUUACUGGCACGUCUGACUAAAUAAUGACAUUAUUGACGCCAACAGAAACCUAUCGAUUGAAAUGCUAACAAAAACUACGGGAAAUUACAAACUAUUACUGAUUGCUGGUAAUACAUUACAGAUUAACUUCAUUUGCAUCGUAAAAUUAUUGGUAUUUCUAUGUCUAUUUAUUAAAUUGGAUGUAUCAUCCAUUGGUCAACUGUUUUAAGGCGUAGCGUUUUCACAAAAUUUCUACUUUUCAAUAUUCUAUUGAUGUUGAAUGGUAUCUCUAUGGUUCUUCCUUUCUUUUUUAUAGUUCUGCUUAAAUGGUUAGUAUGUAUGAUGAGUAAAUCGAUUUUAUUUUUUUAAUUCUUGUUCAUAACAUUCUAUAGUAUCAUUGUUUAUUCUUAUUUAUGUCAAGUUUUUUUAUUACUGUCAGGUAGCAACGCGAAUGCCAAGAAAAUUAGUACUGAAUUUCUCCAUGUAUUGAAAUCCUAACCUCACCUAAUGUUUGAUCACUUGUCUAAUCCAAUUAAGUGAAUUUUAUUCAAAUCACUAAACCAAUAUUCUUGACUUAAAGAACACAGCUGUUUUACUGUUGAAGUUGUUUCAUUAUUAUUAAUUUGAUUGCUAAUUGGGUUCACGUAGUUUUCCAUAAUUUUGUGUGAACGUUUAUUUUACUGGUUUAUUUAAACUCCUUAAAAUUAGACUGUAGUUCAAAGAACAGAUCUCUUUGUAGACAUUCUAAUCUCUGUUCGUUUACAAUAUUAUAAGCAUUUAGCUGUAAUGAAGCGAAACACGUUAGACUCGUUGCUAUUUUAGGAUUUAGAGGAUUAAUACAUAAUUAACUCAAGGACAUCAUCAGCUUUCAUUGACUUCGAAAAUAUUAUUUGAUGUGUAGUCGAAAAUUAUUGAAUACUGUUUCUAUCUGGUUCACCCGCCCUUAUCGUAUAUUAAAUAGUAUCACUUCAGUCUCUCAGUAAUAUACGUCAAAUUUGUUUAUUUGGCUUCAUAAUAACAUUACCCAUUUAUACUUUCAGUUUUUACGAGGUUCUACACAAAAUAAUGUACUGCUGUGUUAUAUUUGUCUAUUGUUUCCUUCAAUGAACAGUGGAACAAUGGUUGAUCAUUCAGUUGUUCGACUUAAGUACAAAGUAAUGUCAUUUACCGUACAUGAUGGGUCAGCUUUAGUUGUGCUUUUAUUUCGAACUUAUCACAUAGUAUCUAAGAUUAUAAAGUAUCUGAAAUGCCUAAUCAAAUUCCUUCCGUACCCAGAUAUUAGAUACCUUUUUUGCUGUUUUAUCCAAUGCACAUUAAAACAUUAUUUCUGUAACUUCUGUUUCAACUAAUCCAUAUAUAUAUUUCUGGUUUUAUCUUUUUACUAAUAUCAUUUCAAGCCUUACAUUCAUCCUGCUGUUCACGCGUUUGAAAAAUUAUUUAAUAUAGUUAAUCGUCGCAAUGAUACAGCAUACAUUGUUUUUUUAAACCGGGAUCAUUUCCUCCUGCCUUCAGUUGAUCCAUUACCUGCAAAUAUGAAACAGAAAAUAACGUUCCUACUUCCAGCUCAUUCUGUGAUCAACGGAUCGUCUGUUGAUGGUGAAGAUAAUUAUUAUAAUAGUUCAGAUUCCAUUUUAACUGUGCUGCAAUUAGAUUGUGAAAUAACGAAUGCUACAUUAUUACAAUCACCUGUAUAUAAUUCUCAUGAAAAACGCUCACCUAAUAACCAUUAAUCAAUUAUUUAUUUAACUCCUUUUUUUGAAUCCAUCUUUUUCUGCUUUCAUUUAUAUUCGUAAUGAUUAUUUUGUAUAUUUUUUCCUUCAGUGUUUUCAUUGUAAACUAUUCAACGUGUUCAUUGUUAAAAAUUUCAUAUCUCAUUUCACUGAAUAAAGAAGUUGGUUGUUUUUUUUUCUUUUCGUUUUACCAUAACGUUACUUACAUUUCAAUGAUCCUAAUUUAUGUUAUUAUAGUCCGUGUCCAUUUAUUUAUGAUCAAUUAUAUUGUUCUGUUUUACUUCUUGUAUUAUUGUUUCUUUCCUCCUCCUUGUCAUGAUCAAUUUUCUGUGUUGUUUCUUUUUUUUUUUAAUGUUUAUUUAUAAUAAAAACCAUUUUCCUUUAAGAACACAACCAUAAUAAUAAACACUCAAUUCAUCUUUAAUUUAUUCAUACUGUUUAACAUAUUUUUCUUUGUAAUUUUUAACUAAUGUAUGUUAGUUAAUUGAGUGCAAUGAAAAAAAUUGAGAAAAAAAAAAGUUUGCUAAUAUUAUUUAUUUUCUAAGUUAUUAUAUAGUAGUAUGUAAACACUAAACUAUUGUGUCAUUUUAAAUAAUAAAUUAUUAUUUCGUAUUGUA